AUGGCCACCACCCACAUACAACAGCUCCUUUGCAAGUCAUUAUUUCUGUCAACAACAUCCGACCCCAAGACUGUGGUGACAUUUCACCUUCUCAAAGAAUUCUAUCUGUUGUCAUUUGAAUCAAAGCUGUAUGCAUUGUUUGUGGCCAUUGACGCCAAUUUCCAGCUGAAAUGGAAAGUUGUUUCAAAGGAUAGUGUAGACCCCAGCCUGAGUCGUGGCUGGGGAUAUUUUGUUGAAGAAAGCGCAUACAAGGCUUUUCUAAAUGAUAACUCCAAUAUUGGACAAGAGAAGUCUACAUGUUCAAGCCAUAAUGCGGUAAAUAUGGCCGAUACUAAAUCCAGUCAUGGGCUUGCAGCUACAGGGCUGGGUACCAUUGAUUGCGCUCACCACAACAUGAAGUUACUGACCGCAGUUGGAGAUCUUCAAAAAGGAGAGAAAUACAUCAAUAUGGAUUACCUCUUCUUCUCAACCCUUUGGCAUACUAAUGUGGAUAUCCUAAAUGUUUCGUAUGAUAUAGCAUGCCAGUGGAAUAAGAAUUUAUGGCAACACAUGGCCUCAUCCCCUCCCUCCCUGCAACUGGACUACAGUGCUAAGAAAGUCACCUUCUUUGUUCCCAAAUUUCACCUCCCAGCUCACAUUGAAUCAUGUCAAACAAAAUUCUCAUUCAAUUUUGCGCGAUGGGCGAAUAUCAACCCUGUUGCAUCAAGUACUAAGGAGAUGGGCCCAGGCGCAAGACGAGACACCCUUGAUGAUUUUUUGGGGAUUGGAAUUGGAAGAAAGUCACAGAUCAUGCUUGCAUCUGUGCACCUUGAACUUGCAAAAGAAGAUGCAUCAGAAAUAGAGCUAGGGAGGUUCCACAAAUUGCAUGAAAAUUGUACACCUAGCAUGCUGAUUACCAGCAGCCUAGAACUCGAAGAGCAACAACGACGUCUUCAAGCCGACAAGGUGGGUCUAGGUAUUCAUGCCACUGACAUUCAAGAAGGGAAGGUCAUUCAACAUAUGCAGGAAUUAUACAUGCCAAUGGUCGCAGCCCUACGACUGAGAGACAAGUCUAGUGGUAUCAUCAUCACUCCUGAGUCAUUUGAGCUCUUACUUCCUUCUCAAGCUGGCAGAACAGAUCCUUGCAACCUUAAAUUCCAGAAAAUUGAAUGGAGACUUCAAUAUGCACAAGCUCAUGACACCCUACACUCACUAUGCUCUAACCUACACGCACAGACUGCUAUUCUCAGGUACAAGGACUGCAACCUCCAUGCUCAUAACACACUCAAAGGCAUUGACACAAGAAUUGAGGCAGCAUUGACCCGAUAUCAGGAUGUGCACAGAGCACUGGUGAUUCUGGCUCCCUUCAUCAAGGAGACAGGUUGGCAGCUUACCAGUUUGUUCAUGCACCCUAUCUCAUUGGCACUCCAUCCAGAUAUGCGAAUAGAAUGGUGCAAAGCCAGGGCAUGUGCUAUGCAAUGGAAGGAGGAGCUUGAGCUGUUACAAGAGGAGAUGCGGAGGAUUCUGGCAUUCUUUGACUGGCAAGCCAUGUUUUGGGAUGAGCAUGCAGAUCAGAACUUGCCUGGUAGUCUCACUGAGAGAGAGGGUCAUAUUGCAUAUGCUCGACAUCAAGCAGCCCUGCGUCGGGCAUUGUCGGACAUGUGUCAUUCUAGUUGGGCAGAUACUUGCGUGUUCAUGGACCAUUGCAUGUAA